AUGGAGCGAAUUAACAAUGAGACAAAUGAAGUAGUCGCCAUCAAGGUCUUGAAUCUAGACACUGAAGAAGAUGAUGUUGCCGAUAUUCGAAAAGAAUUGAACUAUUUGUCACAAUUGAAACAUAGCGAUUCUCAAAACAUUACACGUUAUUACGCGAGUUUCUUACAUGGGACAAAACUCUGGAUCGUGAUGGAGUAUGCGGCUGGUGGAAGCAUAAGAGAAUUGAUGAGAGCUGGUCGAAUUGAAGAAAAAUAUAUUUCGGUGAUCACAAAAGAAGUGUUACAGGCAUUAAGUUACUUACACAAAUGUAAAAUUAUUCAUCGUGAUAUCAAAGCGGCAAAUAUAUUAUUGACAGCCGAAGGAAAAGUGCAACUAUGUGAUUUCGGAGUCGCUGGACAAUUAACUGCUACGUCAUCGAAACGUACCUCAUUUGUUGGAACACCAUAUUGGAUGGCACCAGAAGUUAUAACUGAAGGUGCUACCUACGAUACAAAGGCAGAUAUAUGGUCACUGGGUAUUACUGUAUACGAAAUUGCAACCGGCAAUCCACCAUUUGCCGAUCAAAGUGCUCACAAAGCAAUUCAACUAAUACCAAGAUCACCACCCGCACAAUUGGAAGGCCCGUUUUCGGUGCCGAUCAAAGAAUUUGUGUCUAGAUGUCUUAAUGAAAGUCCUGAAGAGCGUCCGACAGCCGAUGAAUUAAUGAAGCAAAAAUUCAUAAAAAAUGCGUCAAAAUUACCGAAUGGUCUAUUACGUGAUCUUAAAACGCGCUACGAUACUUGGAAACAAGCAACCGGGUAUCGUCAUUCUUUUUCGGAUCCGUUUGGCACGCCGUCCAGUGAAAGCGACGGCUUUGACCUGGAAGACGAUCGUCAAUUUGAUGACGACGAUGCUUGGGAGUUUGAGACGGUGAGGAGUAGCACAAGCAGUUUCACAAACCACCAAAAAUCCCAAUCAAAUGGUAGUAUCUCGAGUAGUUCCGAGGGUUCUCUUCCUCCUACUGCUACCGCUGGAACUGGAGGAGCCACCAUGCCGCUACUAUCGCCUGUACUCGAAUCAUCCGAUGAACAACACAGCACCUAUAAUGACAGUCAACAACAAUCCCGCUCCAUAGGUUCCGAAAUAUCAAAUGAAAAUGACCACACAAUUCUUGCUAGAUCACGAAAUCCAUCACUUGAUUACAAUAUAGAACCAUCACCGACUUUUACUCCCACAAUUUCAAUUCCGCCCGUUAGUGAAAUGAAUUCAAUGGUUUCUUCGCAACUUAGUGAAGAUCUUCCUCCUUCUUCUUCAUCUAGAUCUUUUAUUAGUAGUAAUAAUAUCAAUAUUAACAAAUUACGAGAAAAGUCUUCAGAGGGUAGUUUACACAAGAACAAGAGUUUUGCUGAUGUUUCAAAUCUAACACGUUCUUAUAGUUUUUCAAGUGGUGUGAGGAAUAAUGAUGAGAAAAAUAACCGCCGCGAUUUAUAUAUCAAGGAUUUACCAAGACCCGAAAUAAAAUUUCCCCCGUCUCAACCUGCUGACAAUAAUUCCAAUAAUGGAAUGGGCACACCGAUUAGUCAAAGUUACCCGUACUCGAAUAAUGGGUUAUUAUCACCGACGGUGGAUAUGGGAAGCCCACGAUUAAACAAUUCCUCUAGAUCGGAAAGUGGGUAUUUCUCUGCGCACAAGCAUUUUACGUCAGAUUCCGAAAAUAAGAACAAUAGUAAUAGUCAAGAUCAGCCACAUUUAUCACCCCCACCCUCAACCCCAAUUUCACCACCGCCAAUUUCACCAAGUACACAAAGAUCUAGUCCAAUGAAUGCACGAAGACCAACAAUCUCGAAUGCAUCUUCUCCACCGCGUGAUAUCUCAUCGUUCAAUUUUCCUUCAUCAUCCUCGAAUAUGGUUGGCAGUGAUGGUAGUAGUGGAUAUCAAUAUUCUUCAUCAUCACCCACACGAUCUAUUCUCGCAUCCGUCUCGCCUACUCAUAAUCGUCCAUUACCUACACGACAUAUGAGUUUCGACACGCCUAAUGAUUCAUCAGCACCAACCGGUACUUUCGCGAUAACUCGAACACCUUCAACUGGAGGCAUAAAACCGCAUCAAACACCUUCAUCAUCUUCAUCACAGUCUCCAAAACGCUCAAGAUCCGCUACCGCAUUGACUUGUCCCGCUCAACAGAUUGAAGAAGAUUUAAUGCCGCUUCGUGCUAAACAACAUCUUUAUCACCAUCAUCAGCAGAAUGAUUCGAAUAGCAGUGGUAUUUUCAUUGGAGGCGGGUUAGGAAGUAACAGUAAUCUUAUUCAUGGGAGGCAGCGAAGUGUUAGUGUUAGUAGUAGUAAUAUACAUGCUAGACCUCAAGCUAAGUUUCCUAUCACAACUGAAGAAGACCAAUCAACACAUUUACUCCCACCUUCUCCCUCCGCCAACAAUAACAUCACUUCCACCACUGCUACUCAUCUUCCCUACCAACAACCGCUAUUAAUAUCUCCGACACGGAACCUAUUCGCAACUGAAACAACAAUAUUGAACGCGGGCCCUGAAAUUCGACCGCUGAAAAUGGAUAACUAUCGUGCCUCCAAAGAAGUCUGCGAAGACUUGUCGGUGGCCACAGAUGAUUUGAUCAGAUGGUUGGGACUUUUGGAUGCUGGAUUUGUGGAACUUUUGAAUCGACUUUAG